GUAAGCAAAUGUAGCUGUUGUCAUAAGAUGCCGCGGCAGAACGGCUUAAACUUGGUGGAGAUGAAUGCAGAUGACGGUUGGAAAGGAUGCGGCCGAGCUAUACGGGCUGUUUAGUUGCCGCCCUCGCCUCGGUGAAAGUUGUGCAAGCGAUCUGGUCACCCUCGGUCAAGAAGAACCUGAUCAUUGAUACCGACUUGUUCAGCGAUGUCGACGACGCAGGGGCACUGCUUCUUGCGGCGACCUCUCCGAAGGUGAACCUCCUAGCCGUAAACGUCAAUCACCCCUCAUCAUACUCGGCUCUGGCCGCCUCGGCCAUACUCGCGCAUUAUGGCCACCCCGAGACACCCAUUGGGAUCGUACGUCCACUGACGAACGACACCUUCUUCGAUGGCUGGUUCUUUGAGCUCGGCGAGUUCGCAAGUAAAGUUGCCUAUCACUGGUCCAGCGGUACUUUGGCCUGGGGACGCGCCGAGGACGCCUGGGAUCCCGUUGACCUCUACCGCAAGACGCUGGCGGAGGCAAACGAUGGUAGUGUCACAAUUGCUUCCAUCGGGUUCUUUGAUAAUCUCUCCGGACUGCUCAACUCCACCAGCGACGGCCACUCGGCCAUGGAUGGCCCCGAGAUGAUCUCCCGGAAAGUCUCCGAGCUGGUCGUCAUGGGCGGCGGGUAUCCUUCUGGGUACGAGUACAACUUCUGGGGAGGCAAUUCUUCGCUCGCAGCCCACGUGGUCAACAAUUGGCCAGGACCUCUCGUCUUUUCUGGUUCCGAACUGGGCGGCAAUGUCAUGUCUGGAGGCCGGCUUAUGAAGAAGGGGCCGGCAACGGACCCUGUCAGGGCUGCUUAUAUCUAUUACACGUAUCAUAUCCCGCGAUUCUCAUGGGAUCCCCUAACGGUAUUAUACGCCAUUGAUGGCCUAGGCGACCUUUUCGAGUUCGGGAAUGGGUUCGGAUACAACCACGUUUCGACAAACGGUUCGAAUGCAUGGGUGUUCGACGAAACUCGAAAAGACCAACAUUGGCUACGACUGAAAGUCAACAAUGAGACUGCAUCUAUGGAGUUGGACAAGCGGUUUCUCGAGGGCGCUUUGUCAGUCGGGGACGACUCAUGGAUAGGGCACCUAGAAUUGUGACUGAUUGACUUUUGAGUAUCAGUUAAGAUACCUACAUCAAGAAGCAGAAGCUACGUUGGCGUGUAUUGUUUGUUGUUUGCUGAUUUGUGUUUUGCACCCCCGUUUCCCAGGGCAGAGACAGUCAGUACUGAAUACAAACCAGGCCAGACCUGGUGGUGGGCAAUUCAAUUCAACUUCUUUAGGCUUCCUUACACCUAUAAUUAUACCACA